AUGGCACCGAAAACUAGGGCAGUAUUCGUCCAACACCAAAGAACCAUUCGACCGAACGCAACGAAUGCGGAGAUCUAUGGGGAGUGGAACGCCAAAACCCUUGAUCAGAGAGCGCAAUGGGUGGACAAGUUCAACGAAGCCGUCGAAGCUAAGGCAGAAGCCAUCGCUGGCACGAACGGCCGCGUCCCACGGGUCUUCGCGUUGCUCACAAGACAUGCUGAUAGAGCCUGGUUCGAUCGCGGCGACAAAUACUUUUUGUUCUUUGAUCAAGUGAGCGAACUCGCGGCUGAUCUCCAGCCUACCAUCGGACCUUUCCAGCAUGCACAGCGCCUGUGGGAAGAACUGCAUGCAGCAGAGGAGACGCACGCUGGAAGGAGCCAGGAGAGUCUAGAUUACAAUCUGGAGCAGGUUCGCGAAAUGUAUCGCCAGUAUUCCAUCUUCGACGGGUACCACGAUAGCGUCGUGGCGGUUGGCCAAACUCCUCCCGUUGGCGCUGACUCUCAGGGACGCCGCCGUCAGCCUUUCGAGUGGGCUGCACCGAACCGACUUGCGCGCAGGAAAUACCUGGCACACGGGAGAGAUGUGGAGAGUAACACGCUCGGACUUCCUGGCCAAUGGGUGCAUAUGGAGAGCAUAGAUGGCGGAAUGUCCAGCGGUGGUGUAUGGGUAAGAUACGAUGGCAACAAUCAGAUCGCCGACCGAGUAUACAGGAAGACUGCCUUCUCCGACGACCAGGAUUGGCGCGACCCUUCGCGCUUCCAGGGUCCCAUCAAUGACCCCAACCAAAAGAUACCCAACGAGCUGGCAUGCCAUCAUGCCUUGCAUGGACGACCUGGCAUCGUAAGACUAAAAGAAGCUCAGUACGACCCGGCGCUGGUCGACAAUGUCACGCAGAGCUAUCGCGUCUACACGGAGUGGUGCGAAAACGGCACCUUUGAAGCUGUCGUGAAUGCACACCAGGACCAAGACAUUCCUAUUCCCGAGCCGUUCAUUUGGUCCGUCGCUGAGUCUCUGUGCCGCGCCGGCAUCUCCAUGCGCGGCGAAGGCGAUGAGGAGAUCGUUCACAGGGAUAUGACACCCGGGAACUGCUUCCUCCGCAGCCCCCAUCCCCAUGACGUCUAUCCCGACUACCCCCAGGCAGUACUGGGGGACUUCGGACUGGCCUUUGGAACCUUCCUGGACGAUCCCAACAACCUCCGAUGGUACAAGUGGUGCGGCACGAUGGGAUUUCUCGCCCCAGAGCAGCGAUACUUUGUCUAUCAGACGACUUGGGAUUACAUGGAUGAAAGCGUCCUCGGCGAGAUGACCAACGUCUACGGCUUUGGUCUGAUCCUCUGGUGUCUCAUCAUGCGCGACGGACUCCCGCACGAACCCUUGUAUCUCCACCCCGCCAAGCUGGACCGGACGCUGCUUAGUCUUCGGAAUGAGGCUGGGAAUAAUUUGGGGAGGACGUACAGUAAGACGCUGAAGAAAUUGGUCGGAAGGUGUCUUGCAUAUGAUCCCUCAAAACGGCCGGCUUUUGCCAAUAUCUUGAACGCCAUUCGGAAACGCACGGGCGGAUACGGGGAAGAUAGUGAUGAUGAUGACGAUGAUGACGACGACAACGAAUACCCAGACCUAUCUGAGGGGAUGCGCAACGGGAGCGCAAAGGGUUUGCGUAGGUCCGUGAACCUGCCUCGUUUGGCUGGACCGCGUUAUCCGGUGGGAAUGGUGGCACCGCAGGUGGAGGAGGAGGGUGAACAAAAAGGUGGGGAGGAGGGGGAAGAGGAGGGUGGAGAAGAAGAAGAAGAUGAAGAGGAAGAAGUAGUUGAAGAGGAAGAAGAAGUUGAUGAGGAGGAAGAAGUUAAUGAGGAGGAGGAAGUUGAUGAGGAGGAAGAAGUUGAGGAAGACGAAGAGGAGGGUGAGGAAGAAGGUGAAGAGAAACAAGAAGAGGAGCUAGAAGAUGAGGAUGAGAUGUCAGACGUUUGA